AGUGACGCGAGUGGUGGAAUAUCACGAUCGAAGUGUUACUCCUCAUCGCCAAGCAUGAUCUGCAUUCAGUGCUGGAUGUAUACACCCAAAAGAUGCUUUCCAGUACUGGCCUCUUCAAAGAAGGGAACCACACGCUGGUACCAACACUGUACUGAACUAGGAAGCGACUCCGUCGCGGAAGUCGCCAAUUUACAAGCUUUGCCAAGUCUGGCGCAACUAGUGAGCAGUCUGGAGUAGAUGAGAGGGUCCAAUCUAUCACUACGCUUCGCAUGCGUCCGAUUUCUCCGCGCGAUUCUCCUGCUCGCUGGCUCAUAGGGCAUAGGGCCCACAGGUACCAGUACUUGGUUGUACCGCUGCGGCUGCUAUGUGGGCACGAACAUGGCGUCACAUAGAUUGGAUCCAUACCCUUUCAUCUCCUUCCUAAUUGUUCCAGAGCGUCUGCAGCGCAUCCGAAUCUGGCACGUAACGCCAUAGGAAUCCGAGUGGGUUGCGUGCAAGAAGGAAUGCUAUAAAAGAUCACUCCUCCUCGCUCAUCGGUAGUAUUUCAUUCAGUACAGCUUCGAGUCCAUUCCUUCUCUCACCCCCCGGAACACAUUCAUACACAUAUACAUUCACCAUUAUGAAGACCUCAGCAUCCUUCGCCCUGGCGGCGAUUGCUUCCUUGGCAUCUGCUCUGCCUGCCGGUACCUCUGACCAAGUCAGCGGGACUGUCGCGACCAGAGCCAGCACGACUGACGCACCAGUCGGAUAUGCCUCGCAGAAUGGAGGCACCACUGGCGGAGCUGGUGGCACCACAACCACUGUCAGCUCACUUGCUCAGUUCACUGCUGCCGUGAAGGCAACGGAGCCCAUGGUCAUCUUCGUCAAGGGCACUAUCAAGGGUAAUGCGCAGGGACGUGUUGCCAGUGACAAAUCGAUCCUCGGCCUGGAUUCGUCCUCCAAGCUGGAAGGUGUCUCCCUCUACAUCAAGGACGUUUCCAAUGUCAUCGUUCGCAACCUGGCCAUGAGCAAGGUUCUCGCGGACACUGGCGAUGCGAUCGGCAUCCAAGCUUCCCAGAACGUGUGGAUCGACCACAUGGAUCUUUCAUCUGACAUGUCCCACGACAAGGACUACUACGACGGUCUCUGCGAUGUCACCCACGCCAGUGAAUGGGUCACCAUCUCCAACACCAAGUUCCACGACCACUGGAAGUCCUCUCUCGUCGGUCACAGCGACAGCAAUGCCGAUGAGGACACCGGACACCUCCACGUCACCUACGCGAACAACCACUGGGUCAACAUCAACUCUCGUGCGCCUUCGGUGCGCUUCGGCAUGGCACACAUCUUCAACAACUACUUUGACACCAUCGACACCGGAGUCAACACGAGAAUGGGUGCCAAGGUUCUCAUCGAGAGCACCGUCUUCGCGGGCACCAGGAAAGCCAUCCAGGCUGCUGACAGCGACACCAAGGGUACUGCCGAGGUCAAGGACGUCGUUCUGGGCGGUGGCUCGAACGAUGCUCCUUCGGGAAGCUUCGGCAGUGUCCCUUACCAGUACACCUUGCUGGGAAGCUCCAAGGUCAAGGCCGCUGUUGUUGGUGUUGCUGGCAACACUCUGAAGCUCAGCUAGAUAUCUGACCAAAGAAAAACCAAACGUUUUUAUUUGAUGAAGACGACAGAAAUAUGUAUGCGUGCCAGGCGCUCUUUACAGAAAGAUGCGUACCAGGCGCUUUUGUGUGAGAAAGAAAACACUCCCCCAC